AUGUUCGAUAAAAUUUCAUUGAUUUAUUUAUUUUUGUCAUUGGCACGAUCAAUUAACGACUUUAUUCCAUCAUCAACUACUUUAACUAAAUUAACUGCUGCUGAACUUAGUCUGGUUUAUCAUAGUGUCCAUCAUGGACAUAGUUAUGUUAAUCAAUUAUGGUCUGUGGAUCUAUUAAAGAAAAUUUUCAAUGAAUCUGAUAUUAGACAAAAUAUCUCUUGUGGGAAAACAAAGGCACGUGAUGUAGCAGUAAAUGUUCUUGGAAUAACAGAUAUUGAUCAAAUUACAUUCGAUCUAAUAGAAAAAUAUACUUUUAUUCUAAAUUUUGAAAUAAAUCACGACAAACUAUUUGAAGAAAUGAUUAAUUUACAAUCUACAUUCAAAGAAGUGAAUUCUUAUCGUGAACCUUUAUCUAUUCAAGGAGAAAAAUAUAUUGCUGAUCAUGAUGUUAAAAAGCAAAUAAUUAAUGAAGAAAUUAGAGAACCAGAUGAUGAAGAGAGAUUUCUUCAUAAAUCAUCAACACAAAAUCAUCAAGAUAAUAAUAAUCAUAAUCGAAUUUGGCCAGAGCAACUCUGGGCUUAUUUAAUUUCAAAAACAACAACAAACUGUGAACAAAUGACAAAAUUAAUCUCGUAUGUUUAUUCCAUUCCUUGCUUAAAUGCAUUUACAGAAGAUGUUUUUAGCCACAUGAAACAUGCAUGGACAUGUAGUCGAAAUGCAAUGUCCAUUGAGACAAUAGCUGCUGAAUUACAAAUAAGAUUAAAUUGUAAAGUCAAAUGUAACGAAUUCUUUACAUUUGUUCAAAAUCAACCUGAAUUAAUUAAAUGUGCUCGACGAUUAGAAAAGUAUAGUAAUUGA